AUGGCGGCCCGGAAUGACGGAUGGUCGCCGAUCGCGAGGACGAAGAAAGCAGUCACAACAAAAGGAGACCAAUGUAUCUCCAAUUUUUUUAGGAAUAAUUCUCAUGAUGAAGAAAACCAUUGUGAUGAAACAGAAAGUUGGCAAAGUACCCCUCCUAAGCUACCCUAUGUACAUAUGGAAGAUAGAUCUCCCAAAGGAAAAUCUCCAAGGACUAAAGCGCCAGGUUAUACCAUGCCAAAAUCACCAGGAUUGGUCAGAAAUAUUGCUGAAGCUAUAAAGGCUAGUCCCCCCAAAAAAGCCUCUCACAAUACUGAUAGUCCACUUGGUAGAAGGAAAAGUAGCGAGAGUCUGAAAUAUAAGUCUGUAUGUGGAAAUGAUAUGAAACAUCUUGAUGUUAUUGAUGGGAAGCAAACGGGAGUGGAACAAAGUGCAUCAUUCUCAGUGAUUGACAAUGCAUUUUCACCUCAUCUGGUUGUCUCAUCGGAUGUAAAGGUGAAAAAGCCAAUUCCUGUUCUGAUGACCAGAAAAACUUUACUUGAAAGUGAUAACCUCAAAAGAGACAAGAUUUUGUUGUCUCCAUCAGCUUCGAUCAGAUUGGAAGAGACUGAACUUUAUAGUAAAAAUCCAGCUGAAACGCAGUCUGUGGCUGUAAAUCUGAAAACCAAAGACAUUCAACAACAUAAAAUGCCAAAUGAUUCUUUGAUUUCUAACCAAACCACCAGCAAUUCUUCAACAAGUUUAACUCCUGUUGAUUUAAAGCACAAAGCUAUGUCUGGAAGGAGAACUUCACUGCAAUAUUCGGAAGACAGAACAAAGGAGUUCCAAGGAAGCACCAGUGCUUUUCAACCUGCGUGUGUACCAAGUUCACACUCAAAACAUCAGAAACAUACAGACACUGCCAAAAAAACGAGGCCCUUUUACAAGAAGCAGCCAAGCUACAGCGAUAUUUUGGAGUUAGCGGCGCAAAAUGUAGAUUGCUUGCAAACUGAAUCACUUAUUUGCUUAAUCUCUGAUAAUGAGGAAGUCGAUGAAGGAGGCAGUGUUAAGGAGAAAUUUGGCUCGUAUAUUAUCGAGCAACCCAAUUUGAUGUUGCAGAAAUCGGUCACAACGAUCUCUGGUAAAAGCAGCCCAUUACCAGUAGUUGCACUCAAUAAAGUUUCUAACAAGUCUCCUGUGAGAGUGACUCCAGAAUUUCUGCAACAAUGUGAGAGGUCUCUUAAGAAGGCGAAGAAGAUGCCUGCCAAAGAUAAACAAAAAAGGCUGGCUUAUAAUGAAAAAGAUAGUGCUCAACAUUUGGCAACAAAACGCCGCUGGGGAGAUAUCAGCUUGAAAAUAACCUCUCACAGAAAGGACGAAUUCAAAGCAAAACUACAGACAUCACCUGAAGCCAGAAAGAGAAUAAACAGCCGGAGAAACAUGCAUGCUUCUGACAAGUCAAAUCAACAAGGAACAAACAAACACAUCUCAGAGAGCAAUUUAACGAUCAGUGAGAGAAACAGGAGAAAGUUUCAAGAUAAUUUGCAAGGGAAAGCAGCUCGGCUAAAGAUGGAGAACGAAAACAUCCAUUCAGAACGAAAUGCCAAAAAGAGCUGUCAAGAUGAACUGACACCAUCAACAUCAGUUUUUGGUCUUUUCCAGAAAAUUGGAACUCUUGUAAAUACUUCAACCAAUGAGAGUUCCCCUAGCAACGACAACUUUGAAAAAACGGACAAGAAAAAAAGCAACAUCUCAGCUGCACAAAUAGAUAUAGCCAAGUUAAAAGAAAUGCUGGGUCCCCGAAAAGUAGUUGAUGAAGAUGUAACUGUUAAAGAAGACAUACUGGAGGAAAACAACAGCGAUGCUGCUUUCAAUGAUGACUGUUAUGAUGAUGAUCCAGAAGUUGGGGAUCUUUCAGAGCAAAUAAAUGAUGCCAAAUCACACCACGAAUACGAGAUAAACGAUGAAGGAUCUGAUGGCAGUGGUGGUUCAUUGUGCAAAACAGAAGAAGAAUCUCCAGAUCAAAUAGAAGAUGAGAGUGAAAUAAGAUUUGAUCAUGACACCACAUUGGAUGAACUGAACUUCAGCUUGGAUUCUGGUUCAGAGAAUAGUGAUGAUGAUAGAUUUGAUGAGAUGCUCAUGUGUGCACCCACUGCUUUACAAGAAAAUCUACAAGAAUUAAGUUCUCGCAAGCCACCAGGUACACCAACAUUACCAGAAGAAGAGGAGGAGGUGACAGACCAUUGCGCUCAACCAAGUACAUCUGACUUUGUAUCAGCUGGUGAGAGAUUUGAAUUCAAACACACACUGGACACUAUUCUUGCUGAGAAACAUAUCAGAGAGCAAACAGACUGUGAACUGGAAGCAAUGCAGGCCUCAUUGAAGCAAAGAAUAAAUGAGGGUGGUUUCGCUAAAUUAGUUGACAGUGAUGGAGAAAAUGAAGAAGACAGAAAUGAUGUUAAUAAAGAUCUCUUACCAGAACAUAAAGAAAAUCUUGAAAAGUUUUCUCUGCACAGAGAUCCUAUUGCAGAUGUGCACCCGGGAGAAACUGUUUUUGAAAAUCAACUAAUUGGACAGAUUUUUAGUUUUCCUGAUAACCUGACCUUACAAGAUUGUGGUUUCACCGUCAGUCAGAAUACUCUAGAAAAACUUCUGUCCUCUGCAUCACCUGGUGGACUGCCAGGUUACACUGAUCAAGAGAUUGUCACAUUAGUGUGUUUGAUCUCUAAAGUUGCCUUGGAAACACAACUAAGAUAUUUGGCUGUACAAGUAGAUUUUCAGAUGUGUAUAGCAGUGUUACUGGAAUGUUUUAGACCUGAAGAUUGGACAGAUAAGACAUUUGAAAUCUGUCAGUGUUUGCCACUGAUAACUAAUCACCAUCAUAAUAUGGUGUAUAUAGUACAAAUACUACCAACGAAUACACAGCGGGGGAGGUACCUCAAACGACGGUUAAGUUAUUCUAUGUUGAGUAAAUUACUGUCAAGUAAUAAUAACAUAAACCAAAUUUCUGUCAAAACCAGUCUGAAGGUAAAUGACCUGUUACAGAUUUUACAGAUAUGUAAACCCACCAAUGAUGCCGACUACUAUGAGCUUAAUAGUAUUGUAAUGUUGGUUGAUAUGUGUAUUGGCAAUGAGCCGCUUAGAUCCACGGAAAAGGAGGAUUUGGAAAGGGUGGCCCAGAAAUUGCGCUCCUUAUCUGGUGAUAUCAGAGAAACUGUCAGGUGUCUGUAUCGAAGUAAAGUCAAAGAUUUACUUGUGAGAACAGCGAGUAAACUCACAUUCAUGUAUCAGGGCAUGACACAGCGUACCUUGUUUAGCUUCAUGAAUAAAGAUGUUGAUUUGCCAGGAGAUGGUCCAUCCAGCAGUCACCAUGACAACCAAGAGGAAAGAAAUGAAAAACAAACAGAAUAGUCAACGCAUAGGGAUUUGACAUUUUCUAUAGCUUUACUUCCAUGACAUAUAAUCCAAAUUGAAACAUACACACAGCAAAUGUAUUCUCCUCAAUUAACAUUCCACUGCCCUUUCUCCCUUCCCCUUUUAUAAACGAAAAUUUGCAAUGAGAAUAUAUGGAAACAAGAUUUUAUUUAAACUUUGGUACAUUUUAUAGACACAUACAUGUCUACAUCCUAUGUGGAUAUGAAUGCGUUGUGGUAAUUUUUAAAUUUUUCAAAAUAAGCAGUUCUAUAAUGUGUAAUGUGGUGAAUUACUGCACACAGUAUUUGAAAUCUGUUGAUGCCCACCUCUAACCUUACAAAAGAAUUAAUACGAUUAUGGUGCUUGUUCCACUGUGGUGCUUGGCAUUGCUUCAACUUACACAUGUAUUUACCGGGUAAUAGUAUUCACCAUAUAACAUAUAUUUUACUCAAUGUUUUUUUUCUUUUGUCUUGGUUCACAGUAUUUGUGUUGAUUUUUGCAGAUGAUUUUUCAGUUAUAUUUUUUUGUGUACAAAUUGUGCCAAUUUUGAAGAAGAGAAGAGAAAAGUUCCCAACACACUGCCAACUUGUUUUAUGAAAUUAACUGCUGUAUAUUUUGAGGUGAGCACCACUGCCUAAUGCGUUGACUUCCAGAUAGCACACAUGAAACUUUGCUAAUUAUUCCUCGUCAUUGGCCAUUUGGCAGUUCAAAGAAAAACCUUGCAAUAGUAAUUUUGGAAUUAUGAACCUCAAUUUUAUGUACAAUAUAUGCUGAUGGAUUUUUAAUUCAAAAUGAUCAUCAGAGUAGGGCUUGACGCUAUGGGGGGGGGGCAGUCAUUGUGUCCAUGGAAACAAGAUUGGGUACAUCUACUUUUUUUUUUUGCUCUUUGUUAUUUAUUUAUUACUCUGCAAAAUUUCAACAAUUUGUAGUACUUUUAGAUUUACCAUAUUUUAAUCUGCAUACAUCUUUAAGAUUCUCCUUACUGGCAGUUUUCAGCUUGCCUAAUGCUACAACAAAAUGUGUAUAUUACAUACAGAGAAUGUGAAAAAAAAAAAAGUUAUUGUUUUGACUCCAGUUUUACAAGAUAUACAUGUAGCUAGAGUGCAGUGAAAAACACUCUGAUUCUAACAGAUUUAGAUUUAAAAUGAAGUCAGAUUUUGUGCGAAAAAAUUGUAAUUAAUUAACUUAAAAAUUUCACUUUAUAUUUGAGCAUUUCUGUGAAACAUACUUGAUCUUAAGUAUGACUAUUCUGAAAGAUGAAGAUGGUGGUUUUCCCGAUCAGUUUAUUGAUCGAGCUGGCUCGGUAUCUUUUACAUGUAGCUUUAAAUUAUAUUUACACUUCACAAUCUGAAAACAAUUUCUGAAACCUAAUUGUAUAUUAUACGUUUUGGACGUUUCAGUCUCCCUGUUGCAUUCCUUCUGUGUAAUAUCACCACCAAGUAAAGACUGCAGUGUAGCCUAAAUAAUUGAUGAUUUAACCCUCGUUUCGAAUUUAAGCGGGCCACAGUUAUUCAGACCAGAAGCAAAUUUCUAUGAAUCCAUUGGAUCAUGAGUGUUCAAAUUUUAAUGUUUCAUAUAUUCUUCAAAUGUAUAUUUAUAUUAAU